GAUCAAAUCCGUCGCAUGAAAAAUAAGAAAGAGCAGACGACCGCUUCACCUGCUUCCCAGUUGGAAUUGGAACCCUGCAGACCUGUGCGUGGUCGCUCGCGUGCUACACCCUCCAAACCGAGCUCUAGCAGGCACUCGAGAGAUUAGCUGAUUAGGUAACCAAUCUUCAACAAGAACUGCCGCUUUCGUAUAUAUCCGAGCUUUUUUGGCCACGCAUGGACACCUUGGAUCCCAGCCGCUGCAUCGGAAGCGUAUCUCCGUGUGCACACCCCCGUCCUCCAUGGCCGGAGCUCGCGUUGCUCUGGCGCUGUGCGCCCUGCUGCUGCUCGUCGAUGGCGUGGCCCAGAGAGCCGAGGCGGCCUCGUACACCGUCGGGAACAGCGCCGGGUGGGAUCUCAGCGCGGACUUGCCGUCGUGGGCCAACGGCAAAACCUUCUACGUCGGCGACGUUCUAGUGUUCCAGUACUCCAGGUACCACACCCUGGACGAGGUCGACGAGGCCGGGUUCAAGAACUGCAGCGCGGCGAGCGCGGUCCUGUCCCGGAGCGACGGCAACACGACGGUGCCGCUGGCGGCGCCCGGCGACCGGUACUUCAUCUGCGGCAACCAGCUGCACUGCCUGGGUGGGAUGAAGCUGCACGUGCUCGUCAACCAGCCGGCGGCGGGAGGAGCAGCGGGAGCUCCGGCGGGGCCCCCGCAGGCCCCGCCGCAUGCCACCCUCCCGCCCAGCACCGACGACGACGCCGGCGUCCCCAGGCUCUUCCUCGGCGGGUCCCGCCGGACCACGGCGGGGGCGCCGCCGCUGGCGGCGUGGCUGCUCGUUGCUGCGCCCCUGCUUGUAUGAAGAAGAGGUGGCCGCGGUUCAAAGCACGGGUUCGCGAUGUCA